AUGACGACCGCACCACAGCAUUCCUCAGACCCUGCCGCUGCGCUGCAAGUAGCACAGCAAGCGUCCUCGAUCCUUGCAAAGUCUUCCUCCGUCAGUGCGACGUUCCCUGCUUCCUUGUUCAGCCGUGCCGAAACGCCCGAGCUAUGGACCGAACUAGAACAGCUACUUUAUGCCUGCCUACGUACUGGUGACGAUAAAUCUGCGUUUUUGUGCCUGGAAAAGCUGGGACAGAGGUUCGGAGCCGAUAAUGAUCGGGUGAUGGCUUUGAGGGGCCUCUAUCAGGAAGCGGUGGCAGAGGAUGACGAGGCCCUACGCAAAAUACUAGAAGACUACAACAAGAUUCUGAUGGAAAACCCGAUGAAUGUGCCCAUACACAAACGAAGGAUUGCUCUGAUCAAGGGCAUGGGACGACGCCAGGGAGCCAUUGCGAACCUGGUGGACUUCCUAGAAUCCUUCCCCACCGAUGUUGAAGGAUGGUCGGAGUUGAGCGACCUAUACUACUCAGAAGGACUUGUUUCUCAAGCGAUAUUCAGCAUGGAGGAGGCCAUCGUCAUCACCCCAAACGCGUGGAAUCUCCAUGCGCGACUUGGAGAGCUCCAGUAUAUGGCUGGCUGCUCAACAUCAGAUAACGCCGAAGUGCAGAAACAUCUCACACAAGCCAUCCAACGAUUUAGCCGGAGCAUCGAACUCUGUGACGACUAUUUGCGGGGGUUCUAUGGACUCAAGCUUGCCUCUGACAAGCUUUUGCAGGCAUCUGGCUCAACAAAGGGAGGCUCUGCAGCGACCAUUAGUCCAGAGAACGUGCAGAAAUUGAAUCAAUUGGCAACAUCCAGACUGCAGGCACUUGUCAAGGAUCGGGCAACACACCGGUCUCUUCCAGGUGACCAGUCAGGAGUUGUUGCAGCACAAGAAUUGUUGAACAGGUCAAAGUGA